AUGACACGUGAUCCAGUCCUCUACCUCUUCAACGACGACCUCGACAACGCUAUCCGCACUGCUAGCAUGGGCAGAAGCGAUGAUCGUCUGCUGCUAUACACAAUUGCGAUAGCGCUGCGAAGAAGAUUGGAUACAGACAGCUUGAAAGUGUUUAAGCAGCUCAGUAUGAUGCAAUUUCCGCUUCUAGAACGCGUAUAUAACCAUGUGUCUUACCAAAAAGUCAUUGAGAAGGUUAUCGAUUUGGAAGCCAUGGACAACCCUCGAGCGAGAAAGAUAGUUGAGGAUAUACAGUUGAAUGAGUUGAAGCUAUUGUAUGAGUAUGCGCAGGUUCAAUCGAAGCAAGAGUGA